AUGUUAAGAUGGAUUAAUAAAAACAAGGGUAUUUCAGUAUCCGGUCCUGCUAAUAUAGCUGCUACUCAACAACAGCCACAACCAAACAUGGUAAAUGUCCCAAUCCCAGUUCACUUACAAAAUCUUAUUCCAUUCUUUGGCGCCCCACAGAUGCAUCCUUCUUAUCCAGUCUACAACCAACCGCCAUUCAUAAAUCCAGCUGUAGCACCCGCACCUGGCGUGGGUCCAUUGCUACCACCAUUCCCACAUUUAUUGACUCCACUUCAACAACAUGCAAUGAUGCAAGCAUCACCCCAUCCAAUGAAUGAUCCUGGAUAUAUAACUCAACAGCCAAACCCACAGUCAUUACAAAAACCAUCUGUGCGUAAAGGAAGCAGUGUAAACUCCAAGGAGUUAUUAUCUUUGUUGCACACUAAAUCUAGUCCUAAAAAGAAAGAAGAGAAUGGGAAGCCAGCAUCCGAAAAGGUAGCCGAAUCAUCUAAUUUUAGAAGUAGGGCUCAAGAAUUGUUAAGUGUAUUCCCCAAAAAACAACAACAACAACAGCAACCAAUUCUAGAACAAGAAGAACCAAUUCUAGAGGAUACAGAAGCAAAACAAAAGAUUUUAAGUGCCCUUCACAAGUUACCGCCCGUUUCAGAUUCUUCAAAGGGCGUAGCUCCUUUAUUGGGGCAACCUGAACCAUCAAAUGAAAUCGAGGAGUCUAUAAGACAACAAAAGGCAAACGCACCACGUAAGAAAAAGAUGAUGUUAUUAAAGAGAUCAGAUAAACCAGAAGGUAAGAGCACAGCAUCGGAAGAUUUGUUGAGUUUAUUAAAGCCACAGAAACCAGAAGAACAAAAGCAAGAAAGUCCUUCAAAUGAAAUAUUGGGAUUGUUGAAACAACCAAGAAAACAUUCGAAAUCAAAGCCUGUAGAUCAGUCAGCGUCAUCUUCAUCUAAGCAGUUAUUGGAUAUGCUUCAUAAACCAGUCACUAGUCCAACAGUUAAUCCAGCUACUGAAUUGAUGGAUAUUCUUAAGAAGCAUAAGAGUCAUACUUCCGAUAUGCCAAUGAGUAGUGUUUCACCAAUCAGUCUCCCUGAGGCGGGAGCUGAAUUAUUAGGCAUACUUAAUCAAAAUAGAUCUCCAACUAUGCUUUCACCAACACUUGAACAGACUUUGGAAGCAAGUAAUCGUGCAGAAUAUGCCAAUCUUUCACAACAGCAACAACAACAGCAAGAACAUCAACAACAAGACCAAGAGCAUCAAUUUGAAGAUUUUGAAGAUUUUGAGCAAUUUGAGGAUGCUUUUGAUGAUUUCAAUGGGGGGAUAUUGGGGAGGACCAAUUUUGCCAAUUUUGAUAUUGCUAGUGAUGAAGAAGAUGUUGAUCAUCUAAUUGAUCAGUUUGCUCCAGCAACUCAUGCGCAAUAUAAACAACAACCUCAAUCAUCGUACUAUCAGCAGCCACAACCUGUGCAACAACAACCUCAGCAGCAGCCGAAAUUUGAGCCUCAAUCUUUAGAUCAUUUCCUGCCAAAGAAGGUGUUUAAUCAAUCUCAAUAUCCACAAUAUCCUCAACAGCAACCACUUGCUACCCAGCCACCACCUCCACAGAAUUUUGGUCCACUUUUGUAUCUAGAACUAUUCGCUAACCAACCACAACAACCACAACUGGGAACUAAUGCUCAAGGACAGGGAUUAUUGGCAUUAUUAAACGGAGGGAAACCAGCGGGUGGUGCUUCACAGGCUCCGUCAGAGCCAAGGAAGAAGAGUGUUGGUAAUCAUCAUGCCCAAGGGCAAGGAUUAUUAGCGUUGUUAAAUCGUGGGAAACCACCUUCACCCCUUCUAUGCUUUGCUCUUCGAGGCUAA